AUGACGUUUAAGAGAAGGAAUGGAGGGCGCAACAAGCAUGGCCGUGGCCAUGUCAACUUUGUCCGCUGCUCAAACUGCGGAAAAUGCUGCCCCAAGGAUAAGGCAAUCAAGAGGUUUCUUGUGAGGAACAUCGUUGAGCAAGCUGCUGUAAGGGAUGUGCAGGAAGCUUGUGCCUUCGAAAUGUACACUCUUCCCAAGCUGUACGUGAAGAUGCAGUACUGUGUAUCAUGUGCAAUUCACUCGAAGGUGGUGAGGGUCCGAUCUAGUACUGACAGGAGGAACCGCGAGCCUCCAGUGCGGUUCAGGCGCCCAAGGGAUGAUGCACCAAAGCCGAAUCAAGUCCCACGAGCCGGUGGAGCACCUGGAGCUCCUCGUGCAUAG